GGUUUGUCCCGCGGAGAGAGAGGAGGAGGAGGAGGAAGUAAGUGAGGGGAGCGCCGAGGCCGGAGGGGCAGGGGGCUGCUCCGUGCCUCCGCUGCCGCCCUGCUCCCCCGCCGUCUCCCUGGAACCCGCCGGGCCCACCGCGGAGGGCUGGCUGCGAACUCUGCCGGCGGCCCGAGCCCGAGCCCGAGCCCGGGAGUGCCUGCAGCUCCCGCGGCCCCGGGAGCGCGGGGAGAGCCGGCAGGAAUUCACGGACCCCUCUCUGCUAAGGAGUUGCUUUUAGCUACCUAAGAUGAGGAUCCGGCUGGCGAGAAGAUGGACGUGGGUCCGUAAAAGCUGCGUGUUCCUCGGCUUCUUAAUGAUCGCUUACUUUGUGGUCGAGCUGUCCGUUUCUUCCUUCGGUGCCUCCCUUGCCGGCAAGAGCAUCACUAAAGGGAAAUGGGAGAGGCGCUUUUCUGACAGAGCAGAAGCAGCUGUCGAUUUGGCUCGUCCAGUUUAUGACAAACCCCCACCCGAUCCUUAUGCUCCAGGAGAAUGGGGUAAACCCUCUCGUCCACAGCUGAGUCCCGAGGAAAAGAAACAGGAAGAAGAGCUGAUUGAGAAGUAUGCAAUAAAUAUUUAUUUAAGUGAUAAAAUUUCCCUCCACCGGCACAUUGAAGAUAAUCGAUUGAGUGGUUGUAAAGCUAAAUCUUAUAACUACAGAAGACUGCCCACGACAUCUGUUAUAAUUGCUUUCUACAAUGAAGCCUGGUCAACACUGCUGCGGACGAUACAUAGUGUUCUUGAGACAUCACCUUCAGUGCUUCUGAAAGAAAUUAUACUGGUGGAUGACCUGAGUGAUAAAGUGUAUUUGAAGGCUGAACUCGAAAAAUACAUAAGCAGUCUGAAAAGGGUUCGCUUGAUAAGAACCAACAAACGAGAAGGAUUGGUUCGUGCACGCUUGAUUGGUGCUACCUUUGCUACUGGUGAUGUUCUCACAUUCCUGGAUUGUCACUGUGAGUGUGUUUCCGGCUGGCUGGAACCGCUGCUCGAGAGGAUUGCUGAGAAUGAGACUGUUAUUGUUUGUCCUGUCAUUGACACCAUUGACUGGAAAACAUUUGAGUACUACAUGCAGACGGCAGAGCCCAUGAUUGGGGGGUUUGACUGGCGGCUGACGUUCCAGUGGCACUCGGUGCCCAAACACGAACGUCUCAGGCGCAAAUCUGAAACGGACCCAAUCAGAUCCCCAACUAUGGCUGGGGGCUUGUUUGCUGUCAGCAAAAAGUACUUUGAGUACCUGGGAACCUAUGAUACAGGAAUGGAUGUUUGGGGAGGGGAGAACUUAGAAUUGUCAUUUAGGGUUUGGCAGUGUGGAGGCAUGUUGGAAAUUCAUCCGUGCUCCCACGUGGGCCAUGUGUUUCCAAAGCGUGCGCCCUAUGCUCGACCAAAUUUCCUUCAGAACACGGCACGUGCUGCUGAGGUGUGGAUGGAUGAGUUCAAAGAUCACUUUUACAACAGAAAUCCUUCAGCAAGGAAAGAAAACUAUGGAGACAUUUCUGAAAGAAAGAUUCUUAGAGAGCGUUUGAAAUGCAAGAGUUUUCACUGGUAUUUAAAAAACAUAUUUGCUGAGUUGCACGUACCAGAAGAUCGUCCUGGCUGGCACGGGGCCAUCCGCAGCACAGGAAUACCUUCAGAGUGCCUUGACUAUGUCUUACAGGAGCAUAAUCCUACUGGCUCUCACCUUUCUCUCUUUGGCUGUCAUGGUCAGGGAGGCAACCAAUUUUUUGAAUAUACAUCAAAUCAGGAGAUAAGAUUUAACUCAGUAACUGAGCUAUGUGCUGAAGUCCCUGAGCGGGAGGACUACAUAGGUAUGAGGAGCUGCCCAAAAGAUGGAUCUCCUAUCCCAGAAAUUAUUAUCUGGCACUUCAAAGAAGAUGGGACUAUUUAUCAUCCUCAUUCAGGGAAGUGCCUUACUGCUUAUCGUACGACUGAGGGGCAUGCUGAUGUGCAAAUGAGAACUUGUAAUGCUGGAGAUAAAAAUCAGAUUUGGAAAUUUGAGAAAUAAUCGCUGCUGGUAGUAUGAAUUGAAUGGACUCUAAAAGCUCUCCAAGCUUUUUACACAUGUGAGCAGAUAGCAAUGUUUAAACACCUUGGAAUGUUUUCAGAUGUGUCUGUAGUGGUGUAGGAACUGUCUACUGUGAUGAACUGUAUGGAAAGAAAAAGUAAAUAAUGGGAUUUGGUUUCUAAAACAUGGAUUAGAGCAUCUAAUGCCUUUUAUUUUUGUAAAAUUUUGAUCCAUUAUUACUUUGCUCAGUCUUGAUAAUGGUAAAACAAAGGCUUCGGAGUCUGAGGAGGGAUUUUUUUUCAUCUUAAAAUUAUGCAGUAAUCCUGCAAGAUAAUGUUACAUGUAAACAAAAAAUUUUUACUUACAGAAGUAAAAGUUAAGGUUCUUGCAGUGGUAUUAGCUGACCUGUGUUGCAGAUACAUUAUAAAAUAUGUAUCUAGCACCCAAAGUAAUGCUACAGUAGCAUGUUAUUGAAUGGACUGUGAUGUGGAAAGUUGAAUCUAAGCCUUGUAAUAGUCUGCAUUUUUCUGGGAAUGUACAUGCUGUUAAGGGUACUAUAUUAUAUAGAAGAACAGGAAGUUUUUUACUAGAAGAGCUUUGGCACUGCUUUGCAUUCUUGUACCUAUUGUAAAAAUCUUACCCCAUGGGGCUUAGCCAGGAGCUCUCAUGCAUUUAGAGGAGAGUGUGGUAGCAGUGGAACCAAAGACAUGCUGGUGAUAUCACAAAUGGAAGAAGUAGGGAUGUCUACAAGUAAGAAUUUUGUUUAAAGGCAAUGGGGAAGGAAAGAAACCACAAGAUUGCCUUAGCUACUACUGUUUAUUAGCUAUAUAUUUAAUGUAUACAUUGACUCUGUGAAAGCUUUUCCAUGUUCAGCCCCAUAUCCUAGGGACACAAAAGUUAGGUGACCUAGACCGUGUUUAGGUUUUUGGUGGGUUUUUUUGUUUUGUUUUUUUUGUUGUCGUUGUUUGUUUGUUUGUUGGUUUUUUUUUUUUCAUUUGGUCAGCAGAGUAGAGGAAGGUAACAUAGAGGAAAAUUUGGAUUGUUUUAUUUUAUUUUUUGUGUUUUGGCCACAGCUGGCAUGGGUCAGCCCUAGGAAGAGAAAUAAUACAGCAUAAGGUGCCUCUUUCUAGUCUAAACAAUAUCACUGGAGACCUUGGAUAAGGCUGGGAAGCUGAAGCUUCUGACAUGAGGAAAGUUGAAAAGACAAAGAACAGCUUGCAGGAAACUAAGAUUUGUUGGUAAGGUGGUUCACAGGAUUACUUAUUUAGGGUUUUUUUUUUCUGUUAUUCUGAGUUUUUGAAGAAUACUGAUUCUUGAAUCAUGUCACUAAUCUGUUUUGAUUGUGAUUAUAGAUGGUAGAUGUGAUAGAUACAUUGUGUACUUGAAAAAAAAAUUGUGUUAGUAUCUGUAUUUUAGUUUCAUAAGAUUUAAGUUGAACACUUUUCUUAAUGUGUUAGGCAUUCCAGCUGUUUUGAUUACUUUCACUGAGGUGAUAAAUUAUCUUCAGUAGCCAUAGUGUAGUUAAGUCUUUACAUGGGGCUGGUAGGUAGAAACUUAAGCUGGUGAGCACCAGGAAUCUGGAUACUUGAGGAAUGUAGUGGAUGUGUAUUUGCUACAGGUGUUAGUAGGUAGAAGGAUUAAAAAGGGAUGAGUGAGACUUAAUGUAGUAGAAGUUUUGCCAAAAAUAAAGUUACAGUAAGUUAGAACAUAUUCUUAAAUCUUAGUGACUUGAAAGCUUUGAGAGGUUUAGGUGGGAGCAGGUUAAGAGAGAAGGUGAACAGAAGAAAAUUUGGAGCUUGGAAUGCAGCAUUGAAUCAUGCUAAAAGUGCUUGCCACUGUGUGGCAUGGAUUCUUUUAAGACUUUAAUUUAUUUUUAGGCAGUUACUUAUAAUUUGAUUUUUCUCCCUUUUUCAUCUUCCUUUUUCCCCCCCUAAGUUUUUUUUGGUUCUUGUUGGGUUUUUUGUUUGUUAAAAAAAAAAGAAAGGGAACUUUUUACUACAUAAGAGAAACAUUCCUGAAAAUUUGCAUUCCACUUUGCAGCAGGAAUUCUUUUGUAGACCUGCAAGUUAUGAACCAUUUAUCAAAUUUUAAAAGGUAACCAGUUGUUAUGUACUGGGGCAAUAAAUUAUAUAAAGUAUGUGCUUUUGUGAAAAGUUUGCUGUAGGCUGUUAAAUUCAAUAGAAAUGACAGGAAAAAGGCCUAGGUUCUCCUUUGUGGCAGAUCAUAAAUAGUAAGUGCAAUGCAUUUUUCUUCAGAUGAAAGUAAUUAAAUGGUGUGAAUAUAGACUAUGCAAAUUUUAUACAGUUAUUUUUUAGCACUUGGCAAAAACUGCUUUUCAUAUAAAGAAAUACCUUCAAUUUAAACCUGACAUUCAAAGUGUUCCUUAUCUAUCGAAGCAAUAAUUAUAAGUGAAUCUGCCUCUGAGUUUGAAAAGUUUUUCUCUCUAUGUAUCUGAACCCUUCCUCCUCCCUCUAAAUUUUUUGGAGUUAUUUAGAAACAAACUGGGGAGAACACAAAAAGCCCAAAUUAAAUGACCUGGCCCUAAAACCAAAAAAGUUAAAAAUCUUCCCAAUGUGAAUAAAAAAUCAUGCAAGUAAAAGGAGGAGGGACUAGAGAAAGGGAGAGAAAGAAAGAAGGAAAAAACAACACCUUACCAUUUCAAUACUCCUAUCCAAUUAUUUUUCAGUAUGUACAGAUUUCUGGAAAAUCUGAAACUCUGAAUGGUUUUCUAUUUUGUUAGACUUUGAAGAUUUGGUGAACUCUUGUAUAUAUUUUAAACUACUGAUUCUAAGUUACUUAAAAGAAAUUGAAUGUAAACUUAACACUGAAUAAAUGUGGAGGGCUUUGGGAUUUCUUUUGUAAAAAUAAAAUCCAGAAAAUUAA